CACGUGACUUAUUCAUGUUCAACAAAAUUUCUAAGAAUUGAAUCCACGCCUGAACCACUUCUUAUCAUCAUGAGUAAACCCAGCGUACUAAUAGCUGGCUGUGUUCAUUUUGCAUUAAAAGAGCUGGAAGCUCUUUCAAAGCUUCAUACCGUUCAUCAUCUUCCUCAAGUUUCACGACCAGAGUUCUUUGAACUAUGCAAAUCCAAGUAUCAAGGAGUGAAAACCAUCUAUCGAGAGUCAACGUCUGCCAAGUACAUAGGUUCAUUCGAUGAAGAGCUUAUACGCCACCUUCCACAAAGUGUCAAAUUCAUAUGUAGCAACGCUGCCGGUUAUGACAGUGUCGAUAUCAACGCUGCGGCUAAACGCGGAAUCUACGUAUCCAAUACGCCAGGCGCUGUUGAUACUGCUACAGCCGAUAUAGCCAUGAUCUUGUUACUGAAUGCUUGCAGGAACAUUAUUCAGUCGGAAAAAAACUUGAGAGAAGGUCGCUGGAACGCCGGUAUAUUUAUGGGUACCAACCCAGAAGGCAAGAAAUUAGGUAUCCUAGGCAUGGGCGGAAUUGGAAAAGCAAUUGCCCAACGAGCACACGGAUUCGAAAUGCAAAUUCAAUACCACAAUCGAUCUCGGCUUCCCGAAGAAGUGGAAGAAAAGUAUCAUGCAACCUAUGUUGACUUUGAAACGCUGCUUAAAACAUCAGAUAUUAUAUCGGUGAGCGUACCAUUGAGCAAGGAAACCACGCACUUGCUUGCGGCACGUGAGCUUGCAAAGUGCAAGGACGGGGUCAUUAUCGUGAACACAGCGCGAGGCAAAGUGAUUGAUGAAGCUGCGCUUGUCAAAGCUUUGGAAAGUGGAAAAGUCUCUGCUGUUGGGCUAGAUGUAUUUGAAGAGGAACCUAAAAUUCACCCAGGAUUACUCACGCAUCCAAGAGCAACCCUCCUCCCUCAUGUUGGCACCAACACGCUCGAAACUGAGUUAAUGAUGGAACAACUCACAUUGAAAAAUACUGAAGCAUCACUUACUACUGAUAAGCUUCUUACGCCUAUUCCUGAACACAAGCAAUAUUUCACAUCUUAGAUCGCUUGAGUUUAAUCUUUUCUUAUUCAAAUUAUUUUGCAUGAGAUAAUACAAGCGAACAUUGUGCUAUUUGCGAACAAAA